AUGGCGGCGGCUGCUCCACCACGAAGGCAACAGGAACUGUUCACGCUCAGGUUUACCCAGGCUCUUGCCUGUGAAUUUGUCGCCACUGUGAUCUUCAUUUUCAUCGUCCUGGGCUCAGCCUUCAAGUGGCCCUUACAGCUGCCCAGUGUCCUCCAGAUCUCCAUGGCCUUUGGCCUAACCAUCGGCACCUUGGUUCAAGCGUUCGGUCAUGUCAGCGGCUCACACGUCAACCCAGCAGUGACCAUCGCCUACUUUGUAGGGAACCAGAUCUCUAUUGUCCGCUCGGUGCUCUAUGUGGUGUUACAGCUGUUGGGAGCCGUCACUGGUGCAGGAAUCAUCUACUCCGUGACACCCAAAGACGUCCGCCAUACAUUAGCCCUCAAUGACGUAAGUCCUUCCAUUGCCAAAGAAAUGACUGAUCAACAGAAUCUUGCACAAGUAGAAUAUUUUUUAUUUAUUUAGAAUGUUACCAAUUAUGAUAUUAGAGACAGAGAUAAAGGGAUGGCAAAGUAUGAUUAAUAAAUUUUGUAAUGGGGAUAAGAAACCUAGAAUUAAUAAAAUAAGAUGGUAUAAACCCCUGAAAACAGGUGGCCUGGGUCUCCCCAACAUCAAGUUAUAUUAUAUAGCAAAUCAGUUGAGAUAUAUCAUAGACGGGAUAACAGAACAAGGAGAGUUAGAAUGGUUCUAGAAUGGUACACAGGAAAUGAGGGAGACGUUUGUGAAUAUAUAUUUUUAUCAAACCAAAUAGGCAAUGGUAGCAGAAUAUUGAAAAUCUCUUAUUAAGAAAAAUCAUUGAGAAAUGGGCGAAAUAUAAAGGAAAAUUGAUACCAGAAAAUUCCCCACUAACACUGGUGGUGAGGCUAGAAGACUUCCCAGUAAACUGCAAAAAAGGAAAUUGAAAAAGUAAGCAAAAGAGAAGAAAAUACUUAAAAUAAAGGAAUGGGUGGAGAAAAUGAGAAGCAAAGAAAAAAUAAGAGAAGCUCUAACAGGAAGUAAAAUAACUUGGUUUAACUGAAGCAAUGGAGAGGUGGUUAAGGGAAAACAAGAAAUGCAAAGAAUAUAUAAAAUUUGGGGGGGGGGGGGUGAUUAUAAAAAAGGGAGAUAAAGAAGAAAAUAUAGUUAUUAAAGGGGAAGCUAUUGAAAUUUAUAAAAUAUUAGUAAAAAUGAAGGAUCAACAAGAUCAAUUAAAAGAGGUGUGGGAAAAGGAGACAACAGGGCAGAUAAAUAGUCAAAGCUGGGGGGAAAUAUGGGAGAACGCACUUUGAAAAUGUUGUCUAUAAGAUAAAAGAAAAUUACUAUAGGUUAGUAUGGAGAUAGUAUUUAACACCAAUAUGAUUAAAUCAAAUAAACAAGGAAUAUUCAGUGUUAUGUUGGAGGGGAUGUCAGGAAACUGGGACUUAUGUUCACAUGUGGUGGGGGUGUAAAUAUGUACAAUUUUUUUGGCAAAGGGUGUUUAAGGAGAUAACAGAAAUCACUGGGUUAAAGCUGACUGAAAGUCCAGAGGGAGCAUUGUUAUCGAUUUACGAUGGGGUGGAAGGUUCACAGGCUAUGAAGGACUUGCGCACAAAUUUAUUGACAGCUGCAUGAGUUAUUAUAGCUAGGAAGUGGAAGGGGCAAAGUGAAUAUAAAAUGGAAGAAUGAUAUAAAGAGGUGCGGUAUAUAGCUAUUAAUGGUAAAUUAACAUGUGCUACUAAGGUAAGACAGGGAAUGUGCAGAGGUUAUGAUAUUGAGGAAAUCUGGAAGGUAUUUGUAGAAUUUGUACUUUUAAAACGGAAAGGGGUCAAACCAUCACAAGAGAUGUUGAAAUUUUGGGAGGUUGGAUAGUUACAAUGGAAUGGUUUGGGGUGGUGCACAUUUUUAUUUUUUAUGUUUACUUUGUAAAAAAGAAGAAGAAUCUUGCACAAUUGACUCCCAGCCUUCCGAAUUAGACAGAUGAAGGAAUGUGAACAAAACCAACAAUUCUAUAUGGGUUGAUUCUAGCUAAUGUGCAUUCCUGGAUUACAAUAUAGAACACUGGCUGCAUCAACAUUGCACAACAGAUUGACACAAGAUCUUGUCAAGGGCUUUCAUGAUGUAGACAUUCAUCUGCUUGCAUGAGAGUCUAAGGGUUCAUCCACACUUCCGCUUGUCUCGUGCCUAGAAAGCACUUGUCUAAGCAGUUUCCCCCUUCCCCACUCCUUUCUCAGGAAAACCCAUUUUUUAGCUCUAAAUCACAGCAAAUGUCAAUCCGGAGAAAACUCAAGUUCUGGUUUGUUCCAAUUGAGUGCUAAACAGUGAUUUUCCCCAAGGGAAAGCUGUGGAACAAGAGGAAGCUUGGAUAAGCCAUAAGAAUAGGCUGCUAACUGACAAUAGGGUUUUUCUUUAGGUUGGUCACUUUGGGAUCCAGUUUUCCCAAAUGAUUUUUUAUUUUUAUUUUUGGUCCCAUGUGGAGAAAAGUUGAUAUGUGUGUGUGGUGUUGCAAUGGAAAAGGAGGAACAUCUGGGUGGAAAGCAGACCAGCAGCAGUACUAUCUGCAUUCAUCUGUGAUCCUGUAUCCUUGGGAGAGUCACCUGGGCAAAACAGGUUUCUAAUCUAGCUUUCCAGCUCCCACAGUAAAACUGAGAAAACUGGCAAAAGAAGGCAUUGUACAGGGGAAAGUUAUUCAUUGGAGAAAGGAAGAUUUAGCAGUUAAGGCAGAAUUGCUCAGAAGACCCGUCUGACUGUUGCUGUUGUUGUUGGCAGGAGAGACAGAUAACACUUACAGAGCUAUCAUAUUUACUAUUGGUUUACUCAGAAGUAAAUCCAUCUGUGUGUUCAAUGGGAUCUACUCCCAGCUCAGGAUAGGACUGCAUCCUAAAUGUGCAGUCAUAUAUGUGCUUACUCACAAGUAAGUCCCACUGAAUUUAAUUGGGCUUACUCCUGGUAAGUGUGCCUAGGAUUGCAGCAAUAGACACCCAUUAGAGCAGCCUUCCCCAACUUGGCACCCUCCAGAUAUUGGACUACAGCUCCCAUCAUCCCUUUCCAUUAGCAAUGCUGCCUGGGGCUGAUGGGAGUUGGAGUUGAACAACAUCUGUAGGGCACCAGGUUGGGGAAUAUUGUAUUAGAGGGAGGCUUGUGAGGACCCAGCCUAGAGUUACAGAGAUGCUCCAUAUUAGAACUUUUUCUUUUCUCUUCACAUUCAUCUCUUCCAUUUUGCCAGCUCACCUAUGGCACAAACCCUGGUGAGGCACUGGUGGUGGAAAUCAUCCUAACCUUCUCGGUUGUCAUGUGCAUCUUCUCUGCCACUGAUAAACGCAGGACGGAGAACAGGGGCAAUUCAGCAUUGUCUAUUGGACUGGCAGUCACCAUGGCUCACCUCAUCGGGGUAAGCGCCUGAGUUAUUAUUUUUCCCUAGUUUUGGAAACAGAUGAGUUGACGUGUUUCUAGAAGGCAGGGUAAGAAAAGUGACUUCGGCUAGAGUUAAAAAUAUUUAGAAAUGGUUAUGUGCUCGUAGCGGAAGCCAGUGGCACUGUGGGUUAAACCACAGAGCCUAGGACUUGCCGAUCAGAAGGUCGGUGAUUCAAAUCCCCGUGACGGGGUGAGCUCCCGUUGCUCGGUCCCUGCUCCUGCCAACCUAGCAGUUCGAAAGCACGUCAAAGUGCAAGUAGAUACCGCUGCGGCGGGAUGGUAAACGGCAUUUCUGUGUGCUGCUCUGGUUUGCCAGAAGCGGCUUAGUCAUGCUGGCCACAUGACCCGGAAGCUGUACGCCGGCUCCCUCGGCCAGUAAAGCGAGAUGAGUGCCACAACCCCAGAUUCGGUCACGACUGGACCUAAUGGUCAGGGGUCCCUUUACCUUUACCUUUAUGUGCUGGUGUGCGUGCACUAUUUUUUUAAAAAAAGAAAUUAAAGAUUUGGAGUGGGGGCCCUGAGGGAAUUCCAGUGUUUACUUGACCAGGAGAUGCCAAAAUGAAGAGAGGGGAUCCUCCCUCCAGUGAAUAAAAAUCUGCAAAAAAACCAAAAUAAAACCCACCAACAACAGUAAAACCAGUAUAGUUACUCAGGGAUGGGAGGCAGGGGCAGAGGAAGGGGGCAGUUAGGGUGGGUCAUCCCAGGUGUCACCACUGAGGGGGGUGACAAAAUGGUGGGCGGCACUCACCUCAGGGCCUGCAGCGCACCCGAGCCACACAUCUCUCCUGGAAGAGACGCGGUGGCUUGGGUGCCCGCAAGCUCCACGCUGCCCCAAACAGUCUGCCCACCACCUUCCCCUCAGCUGUAGGGUGGCUGAGUGGGAGGAGUCAGGCAGACUCAGUUUGCCCCUGCUGGUGCCGCCGCACACGUGCCACCCCAGGCACCGGAUCGGCUUGUUCCGCCACUGAAUGCACUGCUUCUCUGCUUAAUCAACACCUGAGGUGGAAGAGCAUCAGUGAGCAUGCUCUCUCCUCUGGGCACCAUCCAUCUUGCUGUACACAAGUGGCAGGGAUAAUGUAUGAAUCACAGCCUUCCUGUGUCAUGUAGAAAAAUCAGGGCUCUACAUUGGGUGAGUAACUUACACAAGCAGAAGUGGCUCCCCACUGGAGAGGUUAAUCCAUGGGUAGGCAAACUAAGGCCCAGGGGCCGGAUCCAGCCCAAUCACCUUCUCAAUCCGGCCCGUGGAUGUUCCAGGAAUCAGUGUGUUUUUACAUGAGUAGAAUGUUUCCUUUUAUUUAAAAUGCAUCUCUGGGUUAUUUGUGGAGCAUAGGAAUUCAUCUGUUUGUUUUUUUCAAAAUAUAGUCUGGCCCCCCACAAGGUCUGAGGGACAGUGGACCGGCCCAUUGCUGAAAAAGUUUGCUGACCCAUAAUCCUAUCAGUUCAUGGAGAAGAGAACAAGGAAGAGAUGGGAGAGAAUUUCAAUUCAGUUCACAUGGAAAAGCUAGCCUACCCAAUCUGCACUUCCCAAAACAAUAAGCAAACUGACACACAACCACCCUUUGAAAUUCAAACUUCUCCAAAUCUUGAAAUGCAAAUUUUACAUGUUAUUCUUUCCAUUUUGAUUGUGAAAUUUGAACGUCAGAGUAUUUUAGAUUUCUUAGCAUCUCUUGGUUUUUUAUUUUGGCACACGUCAAAAAUGAAACUUCAUGAGCUACCAGAUACAGCAAAAUAUUAAGUGCUGUUCCAUAUCAACUACAAAAUACAGUCAAAUGUUAUAUGCUAGGAGUCAAAUAUUAUCCAUGUUAAAUAACCUUGCAUGUCAGUUGUCAAUUCCAAAAUUCAGUUUCAUGUUAAUAGAUUUUAAAAAAUGCUUUUGUACAGCUGUGUACCACCCUAAUGUUUUGUGAGAAGGUGGUAUUAAAAUAAUAAAAUAAAAUACUGUCAAACAUCAAAGUUAAAAAUAAAAUACUGAAAAUUCAGAUGAAGUGAAUAUUCAGCAUCAAGAAUGAAAGAGUAGAAUUGGGAGAAAAACAGGUUGCUUUCAGUUCUACAGAGAAUAACAAAGAAUGUUAUCCCUAUAGUAAACAUUGUUUUCUCUUUUGUUUGAUUUUAAUGGUGUAUCUCUGCAUUCAUUUGAAAGCUUUCUGAAUCAUCUACACAUAGAGACCCCCUUGGUAUUUUGGUUCUGAUUCUUAGUUAUACUUUAGAUUUUGUAAUGUUUCUUUUCUGUCUUGAUAAAUUUUUGAUUCGUUAUGUAUGUUACGUAACUUAAGAUAAUAAGAGAAAAUAUUUUUUAAAAAAAUCAUGCAAAAAGGUUAAUUGAGGAGAGUUCAUAGAUGGCAUUGUAUGGGAGCACCUGGAGCCUGGAUACCCAGAUAAAGUCAGCUUGAUGGGAGGGGAGAGCUCAGUUGGUAGAGCAUGAGACUCUUAAUCUGAAGGUUGUGGGUUCAAGCCCCAUGAAAGAUUCCCAAAUUUCAGGGGGGUGGAGUGGUUGAUCCUUGUGGUCCCUUCCAACUCUACAAUUCAGUGAUGGACCGCUUGAUGAAGGGAUCCUAAUUGCUAGAGGGGAAAGAAUAUAUGAAGAAAUUGAGAAGAACGGCAAAUCUAAACCCAUGUCUUUUCUGCCUUUUACAGAUUUAUUAUACUGGCUGCUCACUAAAUCCAGCUAGAUCCUUUGGACCUGCUGUCAUAAUGGGAAAAUUCAGUGGGGCUCACUGGGUAAGUUUUGUAUGAUGCACUAUCGACUAGACUGCAUAAUUGAUCCUAGAAUUGUGGGUCGGCAAGCAGGGCGGCCACAUAACGUAUCACCCGAAAAGAGGAAAUUCAACACCAAAACCCCAAAGAGAACACAGGUUUCUUUUAAAUUGUUAUUUAAACAGAGAUACAGUACAUCUAACGGUUGUGGGGAAGACUGUGACUAGGUAACCUGGACAGAAGAGCACUCACUGCCAUUUGAUAAAGAAUCUUUGGUGCAGAUUGGACUUCCUAGCCCUAUCAAUCCAGUGACACAGUGGUUAGAGGGUUGUACUGGGACCUGGGAGAGCAAAUCCCCACUCAGCCAUGAAGUUCACUAGAUGACCUUGGGUCAACCACCAACGAACCUGCCUCAGAAGUUUGUUGUGAGGUAAUAAUGAGAAGGGGAGAAGCAUUCAAGCCGCUUUAUAACAAAUAAAGACAUAACAAAUAAAUAAAUAAAAGUGCAUAGAACUGAAAUCAUGGUUAGAGACCUGCCACAGUUUUCAGGAUAUGACUCUUACGGUUGCUUUCAAAGCUUAAAUAUCUCCUUGUUUCCACAGGUCUUCUGGUUAGGACCCAUCUUUGGUGCCAGCGUGGCCUCUGUAGUUUACAACUACCUUCUGUACCCUCAGAAACUGAGCAUAGGUGAGAGGCUGGCUAUUGUUCAAGGGUUCGUUCUUCCAGAAGAUGAAGGGAGAAGCACACCCGGAACUAACUCUGAAAGACUCCGGACCUGAGCAUGUGGUGGGUUACUUAUCAUGCCCAAAUGAUUCCAAUGACAGCCACACAAUUUGCUACAAUGCUGUAGAACUCUGAGAAGUAACAUCCAGC